ACAAAGAUAGAAAUAACCUCUUAUUAAAUAGAUACUAUCAAAUCAUCAAAGAAAUCAAAAAAAAGGAAAAUUAUGGUAUUUUCAGAUAUAUAUCUGUAAAUAUUGAUGUAUUUCAGUUAUUCUGAAUCAAACACAUAUAGAUUCAUUGAAUUUUGAUAAUGGACUCGUUGAAAGAAAUUAACAACAAGAAUAUUAUUCUCGAGGUACUCCAUUUGGCUGUCGAUUACUUAAUCGGAAAUAUAAACGAAAAUCAAACUCUUCGAUCUUCGCACAAGUUUGGUUUUUCCAAUCCGUAUGAUUUUCUCCUUACAACAAGCACCUUGGCAAAAUAUUACCUGCAAAAUUUUAUGUAUACAAACCGUAUAGAAAUUGUCCCUCAAUUUUUUAUCGUGAAUAACGAAGUAAACCAACACGUAUCCACCGUUUUAAUAUCCCGAAAGCAGGAAAUAGCCAAUUAUAUUAAUAGAUGGAACUACUCGAAAAAAAAUUUGGUAGAGUCAUUUUCAUGGGAAACAAAGCUAAUAUUAGGAGACAGCUUGUUUCGAGGAAAUUUUAAUCAUAUAAUUACCUUAAGAAUAUGUUACGGUACCAAAAAUUUACAAAACAGAAUUUUUGUUGAGUUUAAAAAGAAACAGCUUUACUAUUUUAUAAGUCUUUUGGAGCACAGUUUAAAUCAAUAAAAUACAAUAAAUUUAAGGCUUAUAAAAAGAAGUUUAAUGUUCAAUUAUGUGUUCUAUUAAAAGUGUUUUUGUAGCAUUUUAAUCCAGA